AUGCCUGUCCCGCAUCUCCGCCGUACCUCCCAGGCCAGCAGAUCAUCUAUGGAAGAUUCUCCGGCAAGUGGGGAGGAUGAGGUGGUUGAGCCAGAGCAGGGAAAUGUUCUUUCACAUAUCAUUUCUCAGCUACGGCCUGGCGCCGACCUGAGUCGGGUCGUCUUGCCGACAUUCAUCCUCGAGCCUCGGUCUAUGCUAGAGCGGAUCACCAACUUCAUGGCGCACCCUGAAACGCUCCUCCCGAUGUCAGAGAUCGAGGACCCGGUCGAGCGCUUUGUCUCCGUGGUCAAAUUUUACCUGAGUGGAUGGCACAUCAAACCACAAGGAGUGAAGAAGCCGCUCAAUCCCAUUCUUGGAGAGACUUUUACCUGCUACUGGGACUAUCCCGACGGAACCCGCGCCUACUACAUCUCCGAACAGACCUCCCACCACCCGCCAAAGUCGAGCUAUUUCUUCGCAGCGCCGGACCAUAAGAUUCGCAUUGAUGGAACACUCAAGCCCCGCAGCAAGUUUUUGGGCAACUCCGCGGCCAGUAUUAUGGAAGGUAUUGCCAUUCUGCGCCUGAUGAGCCACGGGGAUAAAGAAAAGGGUGAACGAUAUAUUCUAACCCAACCCAAUAUGUAUGCGCGCGGCAUUCUAUUCGGAAAAAUGAAGUAUGAGCUUGGCGAUCACAGCUACGUGCGUUGUCCCGAGAACCACCUCGUGGCCGAUAUCGAGUUCAAGACCAAGGGAUAUUUCUCCGGCACUUAUAACGCAAUUGGGGGAACUAUCAAGAAUGAAAAGACCGGGGAGGUGUUAUAUGAACUCUCCGGAUUGUGGAAUGGGGAGAUGUAUCUGAAAGAUGUCCAUACCCACAAACAAGACGUUUUGUUCGACGCGAGGCACGCGAAGCAUUCGCCUCCGUUGGUCCGCCCCAUAGACCAGCAAGGAGACCGGGAAUCGCAACGGCUAUGGCACAAUACGGUUGAAGCGAUUGUGGCCCGGAACCAUAUACUUGCAACGGACGAAAAAACCAAGAUCGAAGACCGCCAACGAGACGAGACUGCGAAGCGCGCCGACGAGGGAAUCGACUGGCACCCUCGCCUUUUCCGUGCCGUCCAAGGCGGCCCUGGCGGCCCGGAUGAAGGCGAAGAAGACCUCGACUGGAUAAUCAAUGCUCAAAUCGACAUGCAAAAUCCCCAGGUCGCCACCGAGCAGAUACUAUCCAUCGUUCCCAUCGUCCAAGACUCCGAGACGAAAACAACUGUCCACCAGAGCAUCGUGGAACGGAAAGAUAGUCAAACAUCAGAAGAGGAGCAGUUUGUAGACGCCCAGGAAACCUCCUAA